UUUGAUAUAUCUGCUGCCUUACAACGCAUACUGCAGGAUGAACAGAUCUCUCCCCCUCUUGCUGCGAUCCUCGCCCUCACGGAGCUCAUCGAGAACUCCGAUGCCGGAACCAUGUUUGAGCUCGUCAAGGCUCUCAAUGACGGCACUCAAGUUCUCAAAACCACAACAUCAAAUCCAAUCAGCCUGAACGCAGGUUGUGAACUUUUUACUGCUUUCGUCACAUUGUUUCCUCACGACUCGGCCAAUUUCAACGAUCUCAAAAAAGAACUCAUUCGCCAAGGACAACAAUACACUGCAGAUGCAUUAACCUAUAGAAGGAAAAUUGCACAGCUCGCUCUUGGAUUUAUCAAGGACGGUUCUAUUUUGACACAUUCGUACUCAAGGGUUGUCAUGCAGACGCUCCUCCUGGCCCACCAGCACAAAAGAAUCUCAGUUUUUGUCACAGAAGCCCGUCCCCGUGGUCUUGGGUCUGUGCUCCGACAUGCGCUGAGUGCUGCUGGUGUUCCGAGCACCGUGAUACUGGAUUCGGCCGUGGCCUACGUCAUGGACAAAGUUGAUUUCGUCCUCGUUGGCUCGGAGGCUGUUGUUGAGAGUGGCGGCCUCGUAAAUGCAGUUGGGAGCAAUCAGAUUGCGAUCAUUGCAAGAGCCGCUAACAAGCCUUUCUAUGCCCUUGCGGAAAGCUACAAAUUCCAUCGUUUGUUUCCGCUAUCACAAUACGAUCUUCCCAGCCACAAUUCGAAAAUUCUAUCUUUUCCCAAUCUUUCCCGACCUGAGCCUUCCACGACACACUCAGGGCACGCGCGUCCAGAAUCCGACUCCCCUUUGAGAAUAACCCAAGAACAAAUUUCUCAAAAUAACCCUGACGUAGAUUAUACCAGGCCUGACCUCAUUUCUUUGGUCUUCUCUGAUGUGGGAAGUCUGACGCCAGAGGGUGUCAGUCAAUAUUUGGUCGGAAUGUUC